AUGGCUUCCUUCCCGUACAGUCCCCGCCUGCGGCAGCCGGAGUCCUCCGCCUGGCCCGACCUCCCUCCGGAGCUCCUGGAGAAGGUCUUCCGCUCGCUCGACCCGCUCGGCCGCGUAGCCGUCCGGCUCGUCUGCUCCUCGUGGCGCUCCUGUGCGCGGGCCGCUCCGGCUCCAUUCCCGGCGCCAUUCGAGGCCCCACUUCUCCUCCUCCGCCGCCAAGGAUCCGGCAGCGAACUUGCCGUCUUCAGCCUCAGGCGCCGCGAGAUCCUUCCCUUCGCCCUCCCGGCCGGCCGGUGCUGCGGGCAGAUCGGCGGCUGGCUAGCGAUGGCCUCGGACGGGGACCGCGCCGUCGCGCUCUGCAACGUCUUCUCCGGCGAGUCCGUCGCCCUGGCCCAGGCCCUCGCUUUCCCGGUCGCCAAGGUCGUGCUCUCCGCGCCGCCCACCUCCCUCGGCUGGGUGGCCGCCCUGCUCAGCCGCUCGGGCCGCACGGUCGAGCUCGUCCGGCCGGACAGCGUCAUGUCCGUCUCCGGCAGGACCACGAUCGACGCCGGCGGCUCGGGGCACGGAGGUUUCCAGGACGUGGCGUUCUGGCGCGGCCGGCUGUGCGCCCUGGCCGACGACGGCGCGGUCCUCGCGUACCGCGCGAACCUCCGCGCGCGCGUGGCGGCGGUAUGCGAGCUGCGCGGGGAGGAGGUCGGGCACCAGCUGUACAACUGGGAUUGGCGGCGCGUGAACCUGGUGGAGUCCGAUGGGGAGCUCCUCCUGGUGGCGAGGAAAGUAGUGCAGGGCAUAAGGCGGUGUUCGUGCCGGCCGAGGUAUUCGGUUGAGGUGGAGGUGCGGCGGUUCCUGCCGGCGCGGCGGGAGUGGGAGGCGGCGACGGAGCUGCCCGGAGGGAAGGCUGUGUUCGUGGGGACGGCGGCGUCGGUGGCGGUGUCGCCGGCGGCGGCGCUCGGUGUUCGGAAGAACUGCGUGUACUUUGCGCAGCGGAACGAGGGGACGACGUCGCGGCACGCCAUCGGCGUGUACUCGCUGGGCGACCGGGAGACAACGGUGGUGGGCAUCGCCGGCGGGCACUUUGUCGACGUCGAGCCCUUCUGGAUUUCCCCGUCGGUCGCCUGAUCUGAACCCCCGCCUGCGUGCCACGGCAUGUCUGUGUGAAUAACCAGCAAUCGUAACCUCCUGCUGGCUGCUACAGUGGUGCGAGUGCGUUGUACUCAUGCGUGUGAUCUCUUUCCUGCAUUGUCAUUCAAAAAAGAGUGCUAGUUGAUGUAUCUAAAAAAUGUUUCUUACGCCCCCUAAAAAAAUAGUUUCUUAAAAA